CUCAUUGCAAUCGACAAGCUGCUCCCAACUAGCUGACUCUUUGCAGCACCUAUGGCGCUGCCCAAUCUCAGGAAAAUAUAUGCUUCAUUUGACAAGGACGAAGACGAGCAGGCCCGGGCAGCUCUCUUCAACCUCGUGGGCUUCAUUUCUAGCAUUUUUGCGUACAAUACACUCGUCAAAGUCAUGAAUCGCCUAUCAGACAGCAAAUGAAGGAAGCGUCCAAUUGAAAGCCCAAGACAAGCACUUUUCUUAUCACUGGAGCUUGAGUUUGCUCCUUCUUGCUGCCCUUCUGGCUAAGAUCGCGAAUGCUUUGCAUUGCACCCCUUUUCCUUUUCAUAUACCCGCCACACCCGCUCGAUGGUCAGUGGAGGCGAAGCUCGUCGUAUGUCAAGCCAAGACGAGACUCGUCCUAUAAGCAAAGCUUGUCAAUGCUACAUCAGACAAAGUAGAAACCAUGUUUCGGCCUGUCACUAUCUACUCGUCGACGAUUAGUGCCACUACGAGCUGGAUAUCGUAGUCUUUAGGUUCUACAGCUGAGAUCUAGACCCUAGAUU